AUGCAGCUGCUUGUUGCUGUUGUGGCGUUGCUGUGCUGCGGCGGUGGCGUGCUUGUCACCCCUGUGCAUGGCACGGAAGGCCCGAGCCCUCUGGAGCUGAUUCGCGUGGAUAAGGUGGAGGUCGUGCGUGACUUUGGCAACUCGUCCAUCUCCGUCCAAGCCAGCCCAGCCACCUUCAAGCACGGCGACAACAUCACCGUGUCCUGGAGUGGUGUGAGCAAGCCAAGCCUGAACGAUUGGAUCGGUGCAUACCUUCAGCACGAUGAUGUGAAGAACACUGCGCCCAUCAAGUUCCAGUUUGCCGCCUUCUCAAAGGACUACCUGAAGACUGGGUCUGGCAGCUUUGUGUUUCGUCUCAUGAACAUGCGUGACGACUACGUCUUCGUCUUCUUCCGCGAUGGGCUGGAGAAACCCAAGGCCGCCACAGCCUCCAACCCCGUCAAGGUGGAGAACGCAAACGAGCCGCUGCAGGGCCGCGUGUCACUGACAAACGACACGACAAGCAUGAAGGUCUCAUGGACCACUCGCAACAGUACGUCUCCCGUUGUGCGCUGGGGAUUUUCCUCUGGCGAAUACACACACACGGCCCACGCCCACUCUUACACAUACACAACCAAGGACAUGUGCGGCCCUCCUGCUGUGACGGUUGGCUUCCGCUCGCCAGGCCUCUUCCACUCUGCAAUCAUCACCAACCUCAGCCCAGGCCAGCGUGUGUAUUACAUCUUUGGCGAUGACAAGCACGGGUUCAGCAAGGAGCACUCCUUCCGCCACGCCCCCGCCCCAGGCGCCGCCGUCAACGCAAUUGCGUUUGGCGAUCUUGGGCAGCACGUCCUCGACCACUCUCUCCAGCAGACGGACAUGGCGCCGAGCCGCAACACGACCGACGGCAUCGAGGCCGAAAUCGCCGACAAGCACCUCCUCAUGCACAUCGGAGACAUCUCAUAUGCGCGCGGGUACGUUUCGCAGUGGGAGCAGUUCCACGACCAGAUUGAGCCCAUCGCCACCUCCCUCCCCUACAUGACCGCCAUCGGAAACCACGAGCGUGACUGGCCAGGCACAGGUGCACGCACGACGGGCAACACGGAUUCUGGCGGGGAGUGUGGGGUUGCGUAUGAGCUGCGCUUCCCCAUGCCAACCGAGAGCCGGGACGAGCCGUGGUACGCGUUUGACUUUGGAGUCCUUCACGUCAUCAUGAUCUCCACCGAGCAGGACUUCAAGCAGGGCAGCAAGCAGCACGAUUACAUCAUGCGGGACCUGAAGUCCAUUGACCGGACGAAAACGCCGUGGGUCAUCUUCGCUGGGCACCGCCCCUUUUACAUCGACUCCACAAACUGGGAACCCCACGGAGGUGACCAGACGGUUGCUGAGGACAUGCGCAAGACGUACGAGGAUGUGCUGUUUGACAACAAGGUCGACCUCAUCUUUGGUGCUCACCACCACAGCUACCAGCGCACGUGCCACGUGUACCAGAACAAGUGCGUGAACACGACGACUGCCGACGGCUACCGCGGCCCCGUCACCGUCGACAUCGGUAUGGCCGGCGCAGGCAACAGCCAGAACAUCCAGAACCCGCAGCCAGAGAUCUUCAAGUUUGUGGACGACAGCCACCACGGGUUCACCCGCAUCAUGGCCAAUAUGACGCACUUCCACAUGCAAUACGUCCGCGGUGAUGACCGCAAGGUGCACGACGAGUUUGUUCUCGUCAAGUGA